GCGGGGCCAGGCCUGUACCGGGCCAGCCAAGAUGGCGGCCAUGGAGACCGAGUCGGCGCCGCUGACCCUAGAAUCGCUGCCCACCGAUCCCCUGCUUCUCAUCUUAUCCUUCUUGGACUACCGGGACCUAAUCAAUUGUUGCUAUGUCAGUCGAAGACUUAGCCAGCUAUCAAGUCACGAUCCACUGUGGAGAAGACAUUGCAAAAAAUACUGGCUGAUAUCUGAGGAAGAGAAAACACAGAAGAACCAAUGUUGGAAAUCCCUCUUCAUUGACACUUACUCUGAUGUAGGAAGAUAUAUUGACCAUUAUGCUGCUAUUAAAAAGGCCUGGGAUGAUCUCAAGAAAUAUUUGGAACCCAGAUGUCCUCGGAUGGUUUUAUCUCUGAAAGAAGGUGCUCGAGAGGAAGAUCUAGAUGCUGUGGAAGCACAGAUCGGCUGCAAGCUUCCCGAUGAUUAUCGGUGUUCAUAUCGUAUCCACAAUGGGCAGAAAUUAGUGGUUCCUGGGUUGUUGGGAAGCAUGGCGCUGUCCAAUCACUAUCGUUCCGAGGACUUGUUAGACGUCGACACGGCUGCUGGAGGGUUCCAGCAGAGGCAGGGACUGAAGUACUGUCUCCCUUUGACUUUUUGCAUACACACUGGUUUGAGUCAGUACAUAGCAGUGGAAGCUGCGGAGGGCAGAAACAAAAAUGAAGUCUUCUACCAAUGUCCGGACCAAAUGGCUCGGAAUCCAGCAGCUAUUGACAUGUUUAUCAUAGGUGCUACUUUUACUGACUGGUUUACUUCUUAUGUCAACAAUGUUGUAUCUGGCGGUUUCCCUAUCAUCAGAGACCAAAUUUUCAGAUAUGUUCAUGAUCCAGAUUGUGUAGCAACAACUGGGGAUAUUACAGUUUCAGUUUCCACAUCGUUUCUGCCAGAGCUUAGCUCUGUACAUCCGCCCCACUAUUUCUUCACAUACCGAAUCAGGAUUGAAAUGUCAAAAGAUGCACUUCCCGAGAAGGCUUGUCAAUUAGACAGUCGCUACUGGAGAAUAACAAAUGCUAAAGGUGAUGUGGAAGAAGUGCAAGGACCUGGAGUAGUUGGUGAAUUUCCCAUCAUCAGCCCAGGCCGGGUAUAUGAAUACACAAGUUGUACCACUUUCUCUACAACAUCAGGAUACAUGGAAGGAUAUUACACCUUCCAUUUUCUUUACUUUAAAGACAAGAUCUUUAAUGUCGCCAUUCCCCGAUUCCAUAUGGCAUGUCCGACAUUCAGGGUGUCUAUAGCUCGAUUGGAAAUGGGUCCAGAUGAAUAUGAAGAGAUGGAAGAGGAAGAAGAGGAGGAGGAGGACGACGACGACGAUGACGAUUCAGCAGAUAUGGACGAGUCCGAUGAGGAUGACGAGGAGGAGCGGCGGCGGCGAGUCUUUGAUGUUCCCAUCCGGAGACGCCGCUGCUCUCGCCUUUUUUAGCAGCCCUGGAAUGAAUCCAGUCCAGUAGAUUGCUCAGUAAUGUAAAUAACGAAACUGUUCUCAGCUUACAGCAGGAAAGCUAGCAUGAAAUGGUGUGCCAGGCCCUGGGUUCCAUGCGACGCUACCUUAGGAAUUAGAUUGUUUGGGUUUGUUUUGUGUGUCGAGAAGGAAAUAGGGAUCUUUUUUUUUUUUUUUUUUUUCCUCCUCUUCUAGAAGGCAAUGGGAGACGAGGUCUCUAGCUAAGGAACAGACAUUUGGUUGUUUUGACAUAUUUUAUACUUAUAAAAAUGUGGAAAUGGGAGGGAGUUGCUUGAAUAAGGAUUGAAAAUGAAGCAGAAAUACCUACAUAAGGAUAGACACUGGCUGAAUAAUUCUGUGAAAAGACGUACAGCAUAAGUUAGUUAGAAAUGAACAGAAUUUGUAAUUAGGCUAAUCCAUGUAGUGGUUCCUAUAUAUUUUGUACUCACAGGGAACUCACUGACGAAAUAGCUCGAAUGCUAGUUGUUCAUAUCCUUUCUUAGACAAUCUAUCCUUGAAUUUUAGAGUUUUCAUCCCAACAGCCUUGAAUUUAAAGUCUGUCAGUAUGACUUUGGCUUUGAAUUUAGUCUCCACUUCUACCAACCUUGAUUUUGAUUUAAAAUCUUUAACGUGACCUUUAAUUUAAAGUCUUCAACACGAUGCCCUUUAUCAUAUUGUUCAUAGAUGCCUCAUUUUUGAAAUGUGUGUAAAAGUAUGUAUUGUGUUGUUUAUUAACAAAAGGCCCUUCAUGAUGUCUCCUGUAGUCUAAAUUUGUAAAUACUGCUUCCGUUUUGUUUCUCUUUAUAUACUUGACUGUCUAACUUUGUGAUAAGUGACAUGAAUUUUAUGUUAAGAUUAAGUACGUUUUCCUGGAACAUGGAUUUUUUUUUUUUUUUGUAAUUAUAUAAUUGAGAGUUUGGAAUGAAAUCCUUCAGGUAUCAAAAAGUCACAUUUUGAAAACAGAUUUUUGGUUCUGAUCCUA